UUUACUUUUGUGGCGAAGGAUUGUGCUGUCGAUUGUGUACCGUGGCCUGUUGCCAGCAGUGGAUCCUACUUUGUAGGUGUUAGCACCCGAAAGUGGCCACCGAACAACCCUCGGCCGAGUGCGAAACGGGACAAUAAACUUCGAAGAAAAAGUGUAAGAGUAUGGCUGCUGCUCCGGCAGGGGGCCUUUCCGUUGUCUUCGCACGGGUGCAAUAGCUCUUCAAAGGUCUGCCGUGCACUAUUUCGGACACCAUGAGAGAUUAAACGAAACGCAAACGAUCCAAGCUGUUUCGAGUUUUGCUUACGGCCUCGUUUCUAGAACUACCGGCCACCAUCCGCCGGCAGACAAACGGAGCACUUCCGCACAUAGUUCGCAGCGUCCGUAGCUCUAAGCGUCGACACUUGUGAGUGGAACACAAAACGUCCGCGCAAUCACCAAGUUUUACGGCUACACGAUGAGUGAAAAUUCGGCCUCACGAAACCUCAGCUCUUCCGGCGGAGCAUCAGGCGGCGGCGCUGGAGGAGGCAGCGGUAGCCACUUGACACCGUGCGCUGGCGGUGCUGUCGGUGGUGGCCUGCACCACGAGGGCAGCACGGAAGAUAUCGAACGGCAACUGCAAACGUUGGGUGAUCUGAGCGACUCCGAUUCGGAGUCCCUGGACGAACUGGAAGGCUGCGACUUGAACGAGCCUGCCGAGAGCGCGGACCCACCCCUAGAUGUCACCAUCCGGUAUACCAUCUGUCUGUUCUGCAAGAAACCCUUCCAACUGAAGAAGGAACUGAAGAAGCACCUGUUCGAGCACAUGAAAAACCUGAAACCGAUGAAGGAGAAAAAGAUCGUGGAGAAAAAGUUCAAAUGUCACAAGUGCUUCAAGACAUACACAGAGAAGGCCCGGGCGGAGAAGCACAUGACGAAGUGCAAGAAGGUCACGAAGCUGCUGCUAGACAUGAACAAUACCGGCGAAGGUCGAAUAAUGGGCGGCAGUGAGUAUGAGGCUGCUGUGAGUGAAAAAAACAGCAAGAGCAACAUGAAAGGUGGUAAGUUCCGCGAACCUACCUCACCGCGAUCGCUCGUGUUCGAUCCGGAGGCAGCGGAUAGUGACGAGCGGUGGACGGACGAGCGAAGGGAGCGCAAUCAGGUGGUGCAUUUCGACGAGCGAACGACGAAAGGUGGUACCGGUAGCUCAGACGAAUCACCAAGCUCGCCUGGGACUGGCGCUGGCCACUUUCAGAAAUGUUCGUAGAGUCAGAACCAUCGACUCUGUGUAGGAUGUGCAAAGAUCGCUCGCAAGCCCGCACAGGCACGAUCGUGUUGGGUCAUUGGACCAUGCGGAAUAAUGUACAGCCAGUCUCGUGUUCCUUAGUUGAAUUUCCGCUCAGUUUGGCGCUGUUUGCAACGGCUUUUGGAAGAAAAUGGACUUUGUGCUCAGCAGCGAGCCAAAAACUUAGUUCCAGUUGUUUGUGGAAUAUGUCAACGAAUUCAACAGUCCAAGAUAGUUUUUCUUUUCCAUCGAAUAAGUCAUAGUUCGUAUGUACUUGAAUUUGAAGUUCGUUUGUGCAAUUCAAUAAAUAAUGACUCAUUUUGUUGGCACUUUUUCGCAUGGCUUUACACUGUUCAACUGUAUGCUACUCUAUGUGGCUCUAACGUUCUAACUAUAAGCGAAUUGGGAGCUUCUCUGU